ACCCUCUCAGUCUCUCAGUGCUGAUACUUCUCUCCACUCUCCUCUUUCUUUCCCUGUCCCGACAGAGUUCGAGGAAGCUGGGGUGGGCCUGAUGCUUCUCCUUCUCUUGUCUAGCGUCCAUUCCACUUCGCAAGGGCUUUUCUUUCUGUUUUAAGUAAAACGGAUCCAGCAACGCACCAGUUCCUGAAACAGAAACGUGAUGAUGGAUUCAGUAAGCAUGAAGCUGUUAGCUUUUGUGUUCCUUCUGUUGCGAUGCCAGCGGGCAUCGCUUGCUCUUGCUGUCGACUUCCAAGUCGAAGCAUUGGUUGAAAUGAGGACGCAACUUGGUGACAAACGUGGUGUCCUUAGUGAUUGGAAGGAUAAUCAAAUGAGCCCCUGCUACUGGGCCAAUGUUAAUUGCCAAGAUAACAAAGUCACAACAAUAAUUUUGAGCUCGUCAGGGUUAACAGGAUCCUUAUCACCCAGCAUUGCAAAGCUAACAACUUUACAGCAGCUGAUACUGGAUAACAACAACAUUACUGGAGGGAUUCCUCCGGAGUUUGGAAACCUAUCAGGUUUGACAAUUCUAAACCUUGGAAGAAAUAAUUUAAAUGGGUCAAUACCGGACUCCCUUGGACAACUUUCUAAACUCCAAAAUCUGGAUCUAAGCCAUAAUUAUUUGACCGGAAAUAUCCCAAGCUCUUUCUCAAAUCUUCUGUCAUUGAGUGAUAUUAAUCUGGCAUAUAAUAAUAUAAGAGGUGCAAUCCCACAACAUCUACUUCAGGUGGCCCAAUACAACUAUGCAGGCAACCACUUGAAUUGUGGCCAAAAUUUAUCUGCAUGUGAACGAGGCAGCACAUUGACAGGUGGAUCCAAAAAUUUCAAGCUAAACGUGGUUAUUGGAAGCAUUGCUGGAGCAGUCACAUUUUCUGUAACUGUAGUUCUAGUUUUGCUAUGGUGGCAAAGAAUGCGUUACCGGCCUGAAAUCUUCAUUGACGUGUCAGGUCAGAAUGAUCAUAUGCUUGAGUUUGGGCAAAUAAAGCGGUUCUCAUGGCGGGAGCUUCAGAUUGCAACCAGCAAUUUCAGUGAACAGAAUGUUCUUGGCAAGGGUGGUUUUGGUAAGGUGUAUAAAGGAGUUCUUCCAGGUCCAAACAGUAUAAAGAUUGCAGUGAAACGACUACUGAACGUGGACAGUCGUGAUGGGGAAAUGGCUUUCCUCAGAGAAGUUGAAUUGAUAAGCAUUGCUGUACACAAGAACAUAUUAAGGUUGAUAGGAUUCUGUACAACACCAACAGAGAGGCUUUUGGUCUACCCUUUCAUGGAGAAUCUUAGUGUUGCUUCCCGUUUAAGAGAUAUAAAACUAAACGAACCAGCAUUAGAUUGGUCUACAAGAAUGCGAAUUGCUCUUGGCGCUGCCUGUGGUUUGGAGUACCUUCAUGAGCACUGCAAUCCCAAGAUCAUCCACCGUGAUGUCAAGGCUGCAAAUGUCCUGCUUGAUGGGAACUUUGAAGCAGUGGUAGGAGAUUUUGGGCUGGCGAAGAUGGUAGACAUAGGGAGGAAUACAGUAACAACAGGGGUUCGUGGAACUAUGGGCCACGUAGCUCCUGAGUACAUAAAGACAGGAAGGCCAUCAGUGAAGACAGAUAUCUUUGGUUAUGGUGUCAUGCUGUUAGAGAUUGUGACAGGAGAGCGUGCAAUUGCAUUCCAUCCUGACCGUAUAGAAGAAGCAGGCGAGAUCCUGCUCACUGAUCAGGUCAAGCUAUGGAUGGAAGAAGGGCGACUACUCGACCUAGUGGAUCGCAAUCUAGGUGGCGUCUACAACCUUGAAGAGCUGGAGAAGGUUACCCAGAUAGCACUUCUCUGCACUCACAUGGAUCCUGAACAACGCCCUACAAUGUCUGAGGUGGUGCAGAUGCUGGAAGGAGAGAUUGUCCCAGCAGAGCGGUGGGAGGAGUGGCAGCUGGCUGAGCUCCAACGACGACAACAGCAUGAGAUGAGGCAACAGGGCAAACUAUUCAACUUCAGUGAAGAGUCUCAAAACAUCCAGGAAGCCAUUGAGUUGUCAGCUGGCAGAUGAGCUGUCAUAAGAAAGUGACAUGAUUUUCACUUGUUCCUUAAAUAGAAAGGCUAUAAGAGAAAUAUUGACUAUUAGGAAUAGUCUAUAAGGUCCUGGACUCCUGGUGUAAUAUCUUGCACAAGUAACUCCGUCCAUAUGCUGUUAAUACAACGAUAGGACCACACCUAGCUCAGACCAUGUGUAUAUCAAGAAUAGACUGUUCUACAUUUUAAUUGCAUUCUGUAUUACUGGAUAACUCUGAAAUUCUCUGUUGUGUGUGUGUAGAACUUGAA